GGGUCGGGGGGGGUGGGAGGAGGCGGCAAAGCGGGGGGAAGGCUGCCUGCAUGAUCUCAUCCCUCCAGCGAGCUGCAUAGUGCAGCGAGUCGAUGCCGCAACUUUUUCUAUCAAACUUCCAAGUUGCCUUUCGGAGGAAUACGGCGGCGUUGUUUUCGUUUCCAGCCCCGCACGGCCUCCCGCGGAGGGUCGGAGGAGCGCUGCGCAGUUUGUGCCGCGGACUUGAGUUAAAGUGGGGAGGAGGAAAAAAAAAAGGAGCUUCGUGAAACGCUUGAGGCGGAAAGAGAAAAGGAGUUCAUAUUUGGAGUGGAAGUAUCAACACUCAGCAUGCUGAUUUGAAUGCUGAAGAGGUGGGCAGGCCCCAAAUCUGCUUCCCCCACUUCACUUGUUGGUCCAGACAAUCAAUUUACUAAUGAAGUCAGGGAUUGGCAUCACAUCCCAGAGGCAGCCAUGUCUAUUUGAGUGCCUUUAGCCUUUGGCACUAGUGUCAUGACCAGCCUGAAGUGCCCACCCAUGGAGCGCACUGUUGGGGGUACAGUUCCUGCCACUGAUGAGUUUUACACCCGCCAUCUCCGGAUGGCUAAUGGAGGGGCACUGCCAUCCCGCACAGACAAUGUUCAUGGUGUAGUGAACAUAGGUGUGCCUAAAAUGGGUGUUCGGGCACGGGUGGCCGACUGGCCCCCAAGGAAAGAGGUUACAGGACCUGUAUGGCACACCACUGUUGAGUCUGAAAACCCUGGUGCUCCCGCCACUGGAAAAAGUCACAUCAAGUUAGGUCAUAUAAUGUCCCCUCAGGACUCAUCAAUGCUGCGUAACAUCCACAACACUUUGAAAAAUCGAGCCCAGGCCCAGGCUAACAAUUACAGCCCUGACAACAGCUACCUGUCGCCUUCAGAUUACCGAGGCUCUGCACAAAAGAAUGCACGGCAAAGACGCAUUCAUCAACGCAGCAACAGUGACAUGACAGUUGGUGAGAUGGAAGGCAGUGGUGACAGUGGUGAGGACUGGGGUCCCCCACCUGGAGCCAAGUGGUCCCCUGUCCACCGCGAAUAUGGGAGCACCUCUUCAAUUGAUCAGCAUGGACCAUCUGGAGAGAGCUUCUUUGAAAUGCUUAAGGGCUAUCAAGGGGAGAAGGUUGACCAGCGCAGUCCUGCUCCAGCAAAACUUGAGGACAUGUUGCAGGCCAAGCAAGCUAGCAUUGAGCUUCAGGAGGACGUCAUGGACAGCCAGCCUCCUAAAACCAAGGACAGAGAUAAGCCCCCAAAGAGACGCACUAAAUCUGAGACAGGGGGUGAAUCUAUAUUCCGCAAACUUAGGCAUGUGCGAGGUGAGUCAGACUCUCCCAGAGCAGGUUCUGAUGCAGAAGAUAGCAGAACAGAGGACCUGGCGCCCCCUCUUAAGCCUUGGGUGUGUCCGAAGGGCUUUGCCCACUACGAUGUUCAGAGUAUGCUCUUUGACCUCAAUGAAGUCACUCAGUUGCGUCAGACUGCUGGCAAGCGAAAGAACACUACCACUGGUGCAUCAGCUGCUGCUGUCGCCUCAGCUACCUCCACCCUCUCAUCCACCCACAGCUUGCCUUAUAGCUCCCCAAGUGGCAGCCAAGAAGAGCUUAAUUCGAGGGACAGCCCUGGCCUGGACACGGAAGCUGAGCAAAGCAAUGAAAUGCUGCUAAGCUGCCCUUGCUUCCGCAAUGAGAUAGGUACUGACAGAAAUGGAAGAUGCAGAAUGGGAGCAGGUGGAGCAGUGUAUCAAGGGUAUAUAGGUGGUGGCACAGUUAGCGGUAGCUCAGCAAAUGUGAGUGGAGAAGGAAAUGUGUACGACACAUCUGUAAGCACGCAUUGCACCAAUGCUGGAGUAGCAGUACUCGAGGGACCAAAGGACGGCCCAAGUACGACCAGCGACAAGGGCAAGCAGUAUAUUGUGGAACAUGUGGAUCUGGGAGCUUACUAUUACAGGAAGUUCUUCUACCUAAGAGAGCACUGGAACUACUUCGGGGUAGAUGAAACGUUGGGUCCAGUGGCAGUGAGCUUGCGCAGGGAGAAGCUGGAGGAAGAAAAAGACCACGGGCAGCAGUAUAACUAUCGCCUCAUCUUUAGAACCAGCGAGCUAACAACUCUUCGAGGUUCUAUCCUGGAGGAUGCAGUACCUUCCACUUCCAAGCACGGCACGUCCAGAGGACUGCCCACUAAAGAAGUUUUGGAGUAUCUUCUCCCUGAACUGGAUCUGUCCUGCCUCAGAUUGGCUCUCAACACACCAAAGGUCACGGAGCAGCUGAUGAAACUGGAUGAACAAGGGCUGAGUUUCCAGGUGAAGGUGGGAGUGAUGUACUGCCGAGCAGGUCAGAGCACUGAGGAGGAAAUGUACAACAACGAGACGGCUGGUCCCGCCCUGGAAGAGUUCCUCCAGCUGCUGGGCGAGAAGGUCCGCCUAAAGGGCUUCAGCAAGUACAGAGCCCAGCUGGACACCAAAACGGAUUCCACAGGCACGCAUUCGCUGUACACAACAUACAAGGACUAUGAGAUCAUGUUCCACGUGUCGACACUGUUGCCUUACACGCCCAACAAUAAACAACAGUUGCUGAGGAAACGCCACAUAGGGAACGAUAUCGUCACCAUCGUGUUCCAGGAGCCUGGUGCUCACCCUUUCACCCCCAAGGCUGUUCGCUCUCACUUUCAGCACGUCUUUAUCAUUGUCCGUGUGCACAACCCCUGCUCUGACAGCACAUGUUACAGUGUGGCUGUCACUCGUUCCCAGGACGUUCCCUCCUUCGGUCCACCAAUCCCCAAAGGCGUCACCUUCCCGAAGUCUACAGUCUUUAGGGACUUCCUCUUGGCCAAAAUCAUUAACGCAGAGAACGCUGCGCACAAGUCUGAUAAGUUUGGUGCUAUGGCAACUCGCACACGGCAGGAGUACCUGCGUGACUUAGCGGAGCGUCACGUCACCAAUACUACAGUAGAACCAGCUGGAAAGUUCCCCUUCAUCUCUCUGGCACAUAAACGACGAGAAAAGACUCGUCCGUACAGUGGGGUGGAGCUUCGAAGCCUGGGGGCGGUUACCUGGCAGGUUCAUGCGGAGGACCAGGUGGCCGGUGCUGAGCGCGAGUGCCUAUUGGCUGUUUCCAACGACUUCAUCAUCCUACUGGAUCAGGAGAUGAAGGCCGUCGUGUUUAAUUGUGCCACCCGUGAUGUGAUUGGUUGGUCGACAGGGAGCCCCGCCUCAAUGAAGAUCUACUAUGAGCACGGUGAAAGUGUGUCACUGCGUUCCAUCAAUAACAACACAGAAGACUUUGGAGAGGUUGUGAAAAGACUGGAGCUGUUGACGAAGGGCAGCCAAACGACGGAGAUGACCCUGCGCCGCAACGCUUUGGGCCAACUGGGCUUUCACGUCAACUUUGAGGGCAUCGUGGCCGAGGUGGAGCCUUACGGCUACGCCUGGCAAGCUGGUCUCAGGCAGGGCAGCCGAUUGGUGGAGAUUUGCAAGGUGGCUGUAGCGUCGCUGUCCCAUGAGCAGAUGAUCGACCUCCUCCGAACCUCCGUCACUGUCAAGGUGGUCAUCAUUCCGCCCCACGAGGACUCCACGCCAAGAAGAGGCUGCUCAGAAAUCUACCACAUGCCUCUGGUUGACUAUAAGAACCAUAAGGAGGGCAUGCCGUAUGAACUGAAGUUCCCGUUCCGCGCCAACAACAACGCCAAGUGGCCACGGACCUCAUCCAGUCCCCAGACACGGCCUGCGGGUACAGCGGGGACACUGAUCAAGGCUCCACCUUCAGAAUUCACAGACCGUAACGCUGCUCUCCCCCGCAGUGUGUCCAGCGAAGGGCGACCCCUCAACCCCAAAAGAUAUUCUCCAGGGAAUGACAACUAUGCUCUCGCCUGCUCCAUCGUGAUGGGCCGCACAGCGCACAACGCAAACUCCGCCGCCAACCUCCCCUACACAGACAGCGGCACUGUGUGCUCAAACCACUCGAGACAGAAGUCCGGCCUGAUGGGUGUAAUAAUAACUGCCAGUCCCCAAUGUCCUCUGGACGGCAGCCUGCAUGUGACGUGGUCCAUGGUGUCAAAGCAGGAAGCAUCGUUACGGUUGGAUGGACCAAAGCUAAAGAGGGGGAAGCAGCCUGCAGAGUGGGCGAUAAAAUCAGCAGCGGUGAUGAUGCCUCGACUCCAGGCAGCAGAGCAGAGCGGCCACGUGUCUCCAAACAAGAGCACUAAGGCGGAUGCUUCUUAUUCAUCCAGCCAGUCGAACAGCAACACGCUCUCCAGCAAUGCUUCCAGCUCCGCCCACAGCGAUGAGAAGUGGUACGAAGUUGCUCGCGACAGCGGCAUCGACGCCACGUCUUUAACCGCCACACAGAGCAGUACAAACUCCUCCAUUGGUGCCUUCAGGGACAAAGACAAAACCCCGUCCUGGCAGGACGACCAGGCAGGAGGCCAGAGGACAACCAACACGUCGCCUCCCGCCGCAGACUCCCUGGUUCCUGUUGGAGGCAGCGAGAUUCCAGUGAAGGCCGUGCAUCCUGAAAGCAGCUCUCACUCCAGCACACUCAGUUCCGGUCACUCAGAAAGUCCGAUGGGACGAGGCUGCAGUUCCAUGUAUCCCCAGGAGGAGGCACCCACAGCCUCCACCUCGCCCACUUCCCAGAACUCCCAGUCCACAGGACCUAAGAGCUUCUAUCCCCGCCAAGGAGCCACCUCCAAGUACCUGAUCGGCUGGAAGAAACCCGGAGGAACGGUCAAUUCUGUGGACUUUGGCAGCACUCGCAAACGACACCAGAGUGACGGCCUGCUGGGCGGUCAGCCUCAGCUCAGGGCCAAUCUUCGCGGCUCCCAGUCCCCCCAGCGACACGGUGCCAAGUCCAGCCUGGAAGAAGACCUGAAGAAGCUGAUCACGCUCGACAGCCCUCCACCCCCACCGACGAGGAGAAGGUACUGUGUGCCGCCGCUGCCGGCGUUUCCAGGUCCGCCUCCCAGUCGCCGGGCCCUGCAGAGAACGUUGUCAGACGAGAGCAUCUACAGCGGCCAGCGAGAGGUUUCCUGCAGCAGCGAACGCGACACGCCCACUGACCUUCUGUUCACCUGCUCCACCGUGCCUCGCUCGCCCACCGCUCGCCGAGACCUGACGGCUCCGGAGAGCUCUGCGGCGGAGCAGGGCAGCAAAACGCAGCAGCUGCAGGAGCCGGCGCUAAUGCCGCUGCCUGACGCUGGGGCAGGUGGACCGCUGGACUGGGCCCACCUGGUCGACGCCGCCAAGGCCUUCGAAGAGCAGAGGCUGGUCUUCCUCGCAGCCCAGGAGGAGAGUGCGAUGGCUGAGAGCAAAGCCGCCACCGGGCCACAAGAAACUCCAGAGUGUCUGAUGGGGAAGGUGAGCCAGCUGGAGUCCAUGGUGAAGGCGUUACAGGAGGAUCUGAAGAAGGAGAAGGAUGCCAAGGUGUCUCUGCAGGCGCAGAUCCAGAGCCUACGAGAGGACAACCAGCGCCUCCUGGAGGAAUCCUACAGCGCCUCCGCUAAGCUCAAGAAGUUCACCGAGUGGAUGUGCACAGAGUCUGUGGGCGAGCACACGCUGGAAACACUGUACAGUCAAGUGCCUGUCUGUGUCGUCUGUGCGAGAGAUUUAGCUAACUUAGCUGUGAAGGUCCGCCUAAAGGGCUUCAGCAAGUACAGAGCCCAGCUGGACACCAAAACGGAUUCCACAGGCACGCAUUCGCUGUACACAACAUACAAGGACUAUGAGAUCAUGUUCCACGUGUCGACACUGUUGCCUUACACGCCCAACAAUAAAAACAGGUUGAGUAUGGACUUGCUGAGGAAACGCCACAUAGGGAACGAUAUCGUCACCAUCGUGUUCCAGGAGCCUGGUGCUCACCCUUUCACCCCCAAGGCUGUUCGCUCUCACUUUCAGCACGUCUUUAUCAUUGUCCGUGUGCACCCCUGCUCUGACAGCACAUGUUACAGUGUGGCUGUCACUCGUUCCCAGGACGUUCCCUCCUUCGGUCCACCAAUCCCCAAAGGCGUCACCUUCCCGAAGUCUACAGUCUUUAGGGACUUCCUCUUGGCCAAAAUCAUUAACGCAGAGAACGCUGCGCACAAGUCUGAUAAGUUUGGUGCUAUGGCAACUCGCACACGGCAGGAGUACCUGCGUGACUUAGCGGAGCGUCACGUCACCAAUACUACAGUAGAACCAGCUGAGUUCCCCUUCAUCUCUCUGGCACAUAAACGACGAGAAAGACUCGUCCGUACAGUGGGGUGGAGCUUCGAAGCCUGGGGGGCGGUUACCUGGCAGGUUCAUGCGGAGGACCAGGUGGCCGGUGCUGAGCGCGAGUGCCUAUUGGCUGUUUACGACUUCAUCAUCCUACUGGAUCAGGAGAUGAAGGCCGCUGUUAAUUGUGCCACCCGUGAUGUGAUUGGUUUGUCGACAGGGAGCCCCGCCUCAAUGAAGAUCUACUAUGAGCACGGUGAAAGUGUGUCACUGCGUUCCAUCAAUACAACACAGAAGACUUUGGAGAGGUUGUGAAAAGACUGGGAGCUGUUGACGAAGGGCAGCCAAACGACGGAGAUGACCCUGCGCCGCAACGCUUUGGGCCAACUGGGCUUUCACGUCAACUUUGAGGGCAUCGUGGCCGAGGUGGAGCCUUACGGCUACGCCUGGCAAGCUGGUCUCAGGCAGGGCAGCCGAUUGGUGGAGAUUUGCAAGGUGGCUGUAGCGUCGCUGUCCCAUGAGCAGAUGAUCGACCUCCUCCGAACCUCCGUCACUGUCAAGGUGGUCAUCAUUCCGCCCCACGAGGACUCCACGCCAAGAAGAGGCUGCUCAGAAAUCUACCACAUGCCUCUGGUUGACUAUAAGAACCAUAAGGAGGGCAUGCCGUAUGAACUGAAGUUCCCGUUCCGCGCCAACAACAACGCCAAGUGGCCACGGACCUCAUCCAGUCCCCAGACACGGCCUGCGGGUACAGCGGGGACACUGAUCAAGGCUCCACCUUCAGAAUUCACAGACCGUAACGCUGCUCUCCCCCGCAGUGUGUCCAGCGAAGGGCGACCCCUCAACCCCAAAAGAUAUUCUCCAGGGAAUGACAACUAUGCUCUCGCCUGCUCCAUCGUGAUGGGCCGCACAGCGCACAACGCAAACUCCGCCGCCAACCUCCCCUACACAGACAGCGGCACUGUGUGCUCAAACCACUCGAGACAGAAGUCCGGGCCUGAUGGGUGUAAUAAUAACUGCCAGUCCCCAAUGUCCUCUGGACGGCAGCCUGCAUGUGACGUGGUCCAUGGUGUCAAAGCAGGAAGCAUCGUUACGGUUGGAUGGACCAAAGCUAAAGAGGGGGAAGCAGCCUGCAGAGUGGGCGAUAAAAUCAGCAGCGAUCCUGUGGUCUCCAAGGUGAUGAUGCCUCGACUCCAGGCAGCAGAGCAGAGCGGCCACGUGUCUCCAAACAAGAGCACUAAGGCGGAUGCUUCUUAUUCAUCCAGCCAGUCGAACAGCAACACGCUCUCCAGCAAUGCUUCCAGCUCCGCCCACAGCGAUGAGAAGUGGUACGAAGUUGGCUCGCGGUCAGCGCUGCGGAGUGACCAUGAGCUCAAUGGAUACUUUCAGGGGAUCUCCACAGACAGCGGCAUCGACGCCACGUCUUUAACCGCCACACAGAGCAGUACAAACUCCUCCAUUGGUGCCUUCAGGGACAAAGACAAAACCCCGUCCUGGCAGGACGACCAGGCAGGAGGCCAGAGGACAACCAACACGUCGCCUCCCGCCGCAGACUCCCUGGUUCCUGUUGGAGGCAGCGAGAUUCCAGUGAAGGCCGUGCAUCCUGAAAGCAGCUCUCACUCCAGCACACUCAGUUCCGGUCACUCAGAAAGUCCGAUGGGACGAGGCUGCAGUUCCAUGUAUCCCCAGGAGGAGGCACCCACAGCCUCCACCUCGCCCACUUCCCAGAACUCCCAGUCCACAGGACCUAAGAGCUUCUAUCCCCGCCAAGGAGCCACCUCCAAGUACCUGAUCGGCUGGAAGAAACCCGGAGGAACGGUCAAUUCUGUGGACUUUGGCAGCACUCGCAAACGACACCAGAGUGACGGCCUGCUGGGCGGUCAGCCUCAGCUCAGGGCCAAUCUUCGCGGCUCCCAGUCCCCCCAGCGACACGGUGCCAAGUCCAGCCUGGAAGAAGACCUGAAGAAGCUGAUCACGCUCGACAGCCCUCCACCCACCACCGACGAGGAGAAGCCGGCGUUUCCAGGUCCGCCUCCCAGUCGCCGGGCCCUGCAGAGAACGUUGUCAGACGAGAGCAUCUACAGCGGCCAGCGAGAGGUUUCCUGCAGCAGCGAACGCGACACGCCCACUGACCUUCUGUUCACCUGCUCCACCAUGCCUCGCUCGCCCACCGCUCGCCGUACGCCAAGUCGACGGCACUCACACAAAUCCCUGGGAGACCUGACGGCUCCGGAGAGCUCUGCGGCGGAGCAGGGCAGCAAAACGCAGCAGCUGCAGGAGCCGGCGCUAAUGCCGCUGCCUGACGCUGGGGCAGGUGGACCGCUGGACUGGGCCCACCUGGUCGACGCCGCCAAGGCCUUCGAAGAGCAGAGGCUGGUCUUCCUCGCAGCCCAGGAGGAGAGUGCGAUGGCUGAGAGCAAAGCCGCCACCGGGCCACAGCAGGCGGAGCCCCAGGCAGCCCCACUGAGACAACCCUCACCUAGAGAAACUCCAGAGUGUCUGAUGGGGAAGGUGAGCCAGCUGGAGUCCAUGGUGAAGGCGUUACAGGAGGAUCUGAAGAAGGAGAAGGAUGCCAAGGUGUCUCUGCAGGCGCAGAUCCAGAGCCUACGAGAGGACAACCAGCGCCUCCUGGAGGAAUCCUACAGCGCCUCCGCUAAGCUCAAGAAGUUCACCGAGUGGGUCUUCAACACCAUUGACAUGAACUGACGGAGCUACUGACUGACCAUCGACGGCUACAACGUGGCCUUCAGGGUCCGCUAAGACGUGCUCGUGAGAACUCGCAACAUGAGCGGUUUUCAUUUUGGCCGUUUUACACACCA